CUAAUUUUGAGCAGGUUUUGAAGCUUCUCCAUUCCCUACUCAGCUGAAUAAAGCACCCAGGAAGCUACACCGAAUGCUCGAUUAGGGCUUAGAAUAUCUCCGACCACGCGAGGUCGUAAUGCCAAGGCAUCUAGCGAAUGUGCUCAAUACGGCCGCUCGCUGAGCUUCACAACGUGUCCAUAAAACGCACGAACAAAGGUAUCGCAUCAACGGGUUACCUCCUCACUCUUGACGGCAGCAGAAGGCAAGUGAACCCGGUUUGAGCAGACCCGUAUGUUGAAUCGAUGGCUCACACUGCCCUCUCGACCUUUGCAGGUUGCAAGUGGACCUAGCCCGCCCAAGCCGAGCCGAUCUGUCUGUUGAAUCGAUGGCUGAUGCCACUAUCUCGACCGUUGCAGGCUGGAAGAAGAGCCUUAUACUUCGAAUUGACGCAGAGAAUCCUGCGCUGACGGAGCGUCUGCUGUCUUAUAUUACACCGGGCAUAAUGGUAGCGCUGGGAAUAUACUGUGGGUCGAGCCUACAUUCUAAGAGAUCUUCUAGACUUAGAUCCUACCACCAUGACAGAUCAUGUUCUGACUAUCCUUGAAAUCGUCUUCAUCCAGCGGCAAUUCUCCGUCCUGUUCGACCUUUCCACCCUCCGAGAAAAGGCAUUCUUACGGUUCUGGCUAGCUAAUGGCGCAGCGAUGUCCGCUGCGAUGCCUCCGGAGCUCAUACCUCUGCUCUCUACCCUGCGCGGCACCGUGCUUGACAUCGGCCCGGGUAGCGGCGAACAGCUUCAUCGCUAUACGAGUUCCUCGGUGAGUGCAAUCUACGGCGCAGAGCCAGCCAUUAAGUUACACCCGAAGCUCCAAAUGAAGGCGAUGGAUGCGGGCCUUGGCGACAAAUAUCAUAUACUCGGUUGCGGUGCCGAGCCCCGAUCGCUCAUUCCCGCGUUGGCGGGAGUCGGAUUGAUCGGGGAGGGAAAUACCAGCGAAGGUAUUUUUGACGAUAUCGUAUCGAUAAGAGUGCUAUGUGGUGUUCCCGACCUAAAAGAGACGGUGGAAGGACUGUACGAGCUACUGAAACCAGGCGGCAGGUUCAUUGCCUAUGAGCACGUUGUUUCCCCGUGGAAGACAGAGAAGGGCAGCACGGUGGCGAGAGUUCUUCAGUGGAUGUACAUGUGGAUUGGUGGGUGGAGGUUCUGGAUGGCAGGCUGCAAUUUGGACAGGGAUAUUGGUAUGGUCUUGCGCGAGGCUGGCAAGAGUGAAGAUGGGCCUGGAUGGAGCAGAGUAGAGAUGAAGACCUUGAACGCUUGGUCAACCAUUCUGCAUAUUGUUGGGUAUCUAGUCAAGAACUAAGCAAAGUCAUGAUGAGACAAGCUCCGGCACGCUUCAUUGGAAUCUUAGUUGGACAUAGGUCCCAAAUAUAGAGCUCUGGGCCGCACCAUGGUAUUUGUCUUUGAUCUCGAGAGCGCGACGAUGUUGCGGGAAAAUUUCCUUGGGUUCACCUUUGACCCCCGCACUGGCAUACAAGUUGCGGGUUGCAGAUUUGCUUAUCGCAUCAGACCACUUUGGAUUGGCGGAGAUCUUGCGAGGCAGGCCAAGCAGUUCAUGCUUCACGAGGCUUAGCAGAGCUUAGCGGUGGUUAGCAGGGCCCUAGUCGGGCAAGAGCUGAUAAGAUUCCUCUCCACUAUUGGCAGUGAUAUCUUGACCUCAUGUUUG